AUGUCGAUUAAAGAGGGGGAGACGCAAGCACCCACUGUCAUCGAAGAAGGAGGAGCAUGCAUUGAUCGAGUACCCAGAACCGGCGCGCAACCGAAUUCCAGCGAGCCAAGGGGCGCUGUGGGUCACAGGGAUAUGAAUGGAGCUCGAGCCAUGGCUGGAGGUGAUCUUGUGAAUCAAGAUGAUGAAGAGGGGGCUCAAAUGGGCGAGGUAAUGCCUGUCAAGACGACCCAAGAAAAAGGUGGGCGACAGCGCCAUGCCCACAUUGCCAUGGGUGCCUCUAAGUUGAGGGCACCAGGGGCAUUUCUCGCCGACCAUGGAAAAAGUGCCGAAGCCGAGGCACAGAUCAGGGAGGGCGAGACCCAUCAGGUCGACGCUAAGGGUCAUGCACCACCAUGGGCGCCAUGCACUGGUGCGCUGAUGAAGGGAGUUUAUGAUGAGGUGUCUUGGGUGACUGCAUUAACAACGGGGUGCCGCUCGUGCUGGACACCACUGGUGCUGGGCAAGGCUGAUCUGGCGACAAGCAUUGAUGGCGAGACGCCACUUGUGCUGGGCGAGGAGAUCGCGGAGCAUGACUAG